UGCCUAAUAGCCACUCGUCUCUUUUUUUCCCCCCAUCUCGUCGCUCCAAGAAAACUUUUUCUUACUCCCCAAAGUUAGGGUUCCCCCUGCCCAUCGUGUAUUAAUAUUUUCACUUUUGGAAAGACUUGCAUUUUCUUUUUAAAGGAAUUCAAGCAAGAUACCUUUUUCUAUUGGACGUUGACUCUCGAUUGUUUGCAAAAGUUUCGCAUUAAAAAAAAAAAAUCUACCUGAUCUGUACUUGAGAGUUGUUGGUUUCUUUUUUUUCUUAGUUUUUUUUUUUUUACUUUUUUUUUUUUUUUAACUUUUUCCACCUUUAAAAAAAAAUGCACUACUGUGUGCUGAGCGCUUUUCUGAUCCUGCAUCUGGUCACGGCCGCGCUCAGCCUGUCUACCUGCAGCACGCUCGAUAUGGACCAGUUCAUGCGCAAGAGGAUCGAGGCGAUCCGCGGGCAGAUCCUGAGCAAGCUGAAGCUCACCAGCCCCCCAGAAGAUUAUCCCGAGCCCGAGGAAGUCCCCCCGGAGGUGAUUUCCAUCUACAACAGCACCAGGGACUUGCUCCAGGAGAAGGCGAGCCGGAGGGCGGCCGCCUGCGAGCGCGAGAGGAGCGACGAGGAGUACUACGCCAAGGAGGUUUACAAAAUAGACAUGCCGCCCUUCUUCCCCUCGGAAACUGUCUGCCCAGUUGUUACAACACCCUCUGGCUCAGUGGGCAGCUUGUGCUCCAGACAGUCCCAGGUGCUCUGUGGGUACCUUGAUGCCAUCCCGCCCACUUUCUACAGACCCUACUUCAGAAUUGUCCGAUUUGACGUCUCGGCGAUGGAGAAGAAUGCAUCCAAUUUGGUGAAAGCAGAGUUCAGAGUCUUUCGUUUGCAGAACCCAAAAGCCAGAGUGCCCGAACAACGGAUCGAACUGUAUCAGAUUCUCAAAUCCAAAGAUUUAACGUCUCCAACCCAGCGCUACAUUGACAGCAAAGUCGUCAAGACAAGAGCAGAAGGCGAAUGGCUUUCCUUUGACGUGACUGACGCCGUCCAUGAAUGGCUCCACCAUAAAGACAGAAACCUGGGAUUUAAAAUAAGUUUACACUGUCCCUGCUGCACCUUUGUACCAUCUAAUAAUUACAUCAUUCCCAAUAAAAGUGAAGAGCUAGAAGCAAGAUUUGCAGGUAUUGAUGGCACCUCCACAUAUACCAGUGGUGAUCAGAAAACUAUAAAGUCCACUAGGAAAAAAAACAGUGGGAAGACCCCACAUCUCCUGCUAAUGUUGUUGCCCUCCUACAGACUUGAGUCACAACAGUCCAACCGGCGGAAGAAGCGUGCUUUGGAUGCAGCCUAUUGUUUUAGAAAUGUGCAGGAUAAUUGCUGCCUACGUCCACUUUACAUUGAUUUCAAGAGGGAUCUUGGGUGGAAAUGGAUACAUGAACCUAAAGGGUACAAUGCCAACUUCUGUGCCGGAGCGUGCCCGUAUUUAUGGAGUUCAGACACUCAGCAUAGUAGGGUUCUCAGCCUAUAUAAUACCAUAAACCCAGAAGCAUCUGCCUCUCCUUGCUGCGUGUCCCAGGAUUUAGAACCGCUAACCAUUCUCUACUACAUCGGCAAAACACCCAAGAUUGAACAACUCUCUAAUAUGAUCGUAAAGUCUUGCAAAUGCAGCUAAGAUUCUUGGAAAAGUGGCAAGACGAUAACCCCGUGGUGGAGGAUCAGGAGGAGAACAACGGCAAGAACAAUGACGAUGUUUGUAACAAGAAAACAUAAGAGAGCCUUGCUUCAACAGUGUUAAAAAUUUUUGAAAAAAGCGGUACUAGUUCAAACACUUUGGAAGUCUGUGUUCUGUUUGUUAAAACUGGCAUCUGAAACAAAACAAAACAAAACAAAUUGAAGGCUUUAUUCUACAUUUCACCUGCUCUGUAAGUGAGAGACACAAGAAGCGAAACCUUUUUUUUUUUUAAGAAAAAAAUAAACACUGGAAGAAUUUGUUAGUGUUAAUUAUGUGAAAGGAAAAAACAAACAAACAGGAAAAUCCCAUUAAGUGGAGUUGCUGUACAUACCGUUCCUAUCCCAUGCCUCACUUGAUUUUUCUGUAUUGCUAUGCAAUAGGCACCCUUCCCAUUCUUACCUUUAGAGUUAACAGUGAGUUAUUUAUUGUGUGUUACUAUAUAAUGAACAUUUCAUUGCCCUUGGAAAAUAAAACAGGUGUAUAAAGUGGAGACCAAAUACUUUGCCAGGAACUCAUGGAUGGCUUAAGGAACUUGAACUCAAACGAGCCAGAGAAAGAAGAGGUCAUAUUAACGGGAUGAAAAACCAAGCGAGUUAUUAUAUGACCAAGCAAGUCUGCAGUAAGAUAAAGACCCCGAAAACAGAUGCUAUGUGCCGACUGCCCAAGGAAGCUUCUUGUAAGGUUCAAAACUGAAAAGCCUGUUAAUAAAGGAAACUUUCAGUCAGAA